CGCGCGCGCACAGGCACAUGCACAAGAGAGGUGGGAGUGGAUGCUCGUGUAGCUGCUGGAAGCCAGGAUGGGAUAAUCAUGCGUGUCUGGCUCCGGGCGUUGAUGCAGCUGCCGUUGCGGGAUCCGGACUGGACUCGGGGCGCAGGGUGGGUCUAGUUACCGACCGGAGCUAUCUGGACCUGAUGUCGAUGUUAUCAAGCAUUCCGAGAAAGACGAGGGCGAUGGCCGCGAGAGGAGUUGAUGCAGCUCUCUGAAACAUCCAGGCGAGAGAAAUCGACCGUUUUCGCCGAUGGAGGAGAGGAUUCGCCGGUAUUAAAGCGCAGCCCCGGUGUGGAAUAACUUGGAAAGGGGGAAGGAGGAUACCAAGGCACCCCGUAGAGGAUAUCGAGGGAGCCCUUUACAUGUUUUCUUUAUGGUUUUUUAAACUGGGAUAGAGAUAGAAUCGCACCUAGGAGAACGGAUCACUUUUGCAUCGAUAAUUAGGAGAGGACUGCCUCCUUGGAGCGAGCGGCAGCCGCAUCCGACCGACCUGGGGGGGGGUGGGGGGGACGUGGAUGGAGAGAGGGCGCAGUGAGGGCUGAAAGAGCGGCUUGCCGUGUGUGAGUGUGUGUGUGAGAGAGUGUGUGUGUGUGUGUGUGUGUGUGUGUAGGAGGGGACGGAGGGAGACCGGGCAGUUUGAAGGGACGGGGAGCCAGGAGCGGCGCGGCGGCUCCAUGAGCGGCUCCUGCCGGGACAGAGUGCCCAGAGCCCAGCCGGAGCGUCUCUACCGCCGCGGGUAGAAAAAAAAAAAAACCCGGGCUACAGGACGGCGGCCAGUUUGGAAGUUUUGAUGCAUAUGAUCACAACCACCAUGAUUUUUAUGAUUCUUGGUGCUUCAGUUGUAAUGGCGAUAGCCUGUUUAAUGGACAUGAACGCGCUACUGGAUCGCUUUCACAACUACAUCUUACCGCAUCUACGAGGGGAGGACCGCGUCUGUCACUGCAACUGUGGAAGGCAUCAUGUCCACUAUGUAAUCCCAUACGAUGGGGACCAUUCCUUGGUGGACUCGUCAGAGAACUACUUUGUGAGUGACAGUGUGACCAAGCAGGAGAUGGACUUGAUGCUGGGGCUGCUGCUUGGCUUCUGCAUCAGUUGGCUGCUGCUCUGGCUGGACGGAGUCCUACACUGUGCCGUCAGGGCCUGGAGGGCAAGCCGCUACUACGAUACCCCGUCUUGGUCAUGGCUGCCCCAGUUCUGCAACCUUCGAGACCUCCGUCGCAGGGCCCAGCUCAGACAGCUGGAAGACUCCAGCGGCAACAUGGUCCACAUCAAGCAGAAGCUCUACCACAACGGCCACCCUAGUCCCCGCCACCUCUGACUUAAAACAAAAUAACAAACAAACAAAAUAACAACAACAACAACAACAAAACUUAGACUCCCCUCCCCUAAAGCCCUUUCUCCUUUCCUCUCCAAAACCCCUCAUCCCCCUUCCCAAACUGCCCUUUGGCCAACUGUUGCCUCAGAGACCCUGGAAAACUGCCCUCCCACUCUUCAUAACAUGGUCCCCUUAAACCCCCACGACAGGACUUUCUUAUGACUAAACCCGGCCCCUGUCAGCACUAAAAAAAAAAAUCUAAAUGAGAAAAUGGAGCAAGAUGACGAUUAUUUGUUGCCACUGAAAUCUUGUCUUAUGUCCAUGUCCACCAUUGUGGGAGGAGGAAGAAAAAAAAAA